CCGGAAACGGAAAUGUUGAGAAAAUUGGAGGUGAUUUCAAGACAGAAAUUAUUUUAGGUCAUUGUAACAGGAAUUUAAGCUGCUGCUGUUGAAAGGGGAAAAAGAGAAAAGACGAAGUUUGCUGUCAUCUUCCCACAAAUUUUGUGAGAACCAUGAACGACUUUGCUGUUCUUAACACUGGCAGGAAGAUGCCUCUGCUCGGAUUGGGAACGUGGAAGAGUGAACCAGGAAAGGUCAAACAGGCUGUGGUCUGGGCUCUAAAAUCUGGAUAUCGACACAUCGACUGUGCUGCCAUCUAUGGAAACGAGCUGGAGAUUGGAGAAGCUUUGGAGGAGACGCUGGGCCCUGGGAAGUCCCUGAGACGAGAGGAUGUGUUCAUCACGUCAAAGCUGUGGAACACUCGACACCACCCAGAGGACGUGGAGCCUGCACUGCAGAAGACCCUGAAGGAUCUGAAGCUGGAGUACCUGGACCUCUACCUCAUCCACUGGCCUCAUGCUUUCCAACGGGGCGACGUCCCAUUCCCCAAAAAUGAGGAGGGCACCAUGAUGUAUGACGACAUUGACUACAAACUGACCUGGGCUGCCAUGGAAAAGCUGGUGGAGAAAGGUCUGGUCCGCUCCAUCGGCCUCUCUAACUUCAACAGUCGACAGAUCGACGACAUCCUGUCGGUGGCCAGUAUCAAACCCACAGUGCUGCAGGUGGAGGGACACCCUUACCUGGCUCAGGUGGAGCUGCUGGCCCACUGCAAAGAGCGAGGCCUUGUGAUGACAGCCUAUAGUCCUCUGGGUUCUCCCGACCGAGCCUGGAAACAUCCAGAAGAGCCUGUGUUACUACAGGAACCAGUGAUCAGUUCCCUGGCACAGAAGUACAACAAGAGUCCAGCCCAGAUCCUUCUCAGGUGGCAGACUCAAAGGGGAGUGGUAGUGAUUCCUAAAAGUGUGACAGAGUCACGGAUUAGGGAAAACAUCCAGGUGUUUGAUUUCACUCUCCAAGAUGAAGAAAUGAGGAGCAUCACUGCUCUGAACAGAGGGUGGCGCUACAUCGUACCAAUGAUUGAAGUGGACGGAAAACAAGUUCCCAGAGAUGCUGCACAUCCUCACUACCCUUUUAACGACCCCUACUGACUCCGCCCACUGACUCCACCCACCAAACGUUUGUGCCUUCUAAAAGCUGGUCUCCUCUGCGUCGCCCCCUCAUGUUAGCCUCGGAACAAUGGUUGAAUUUUGUGUUACUGAAAUAAAAACCUGUCAAAGUUGGUUCUUAACUAAA